UCUCAUGAUGCCACAUGGCCUCCAUUCAAAUGCUGAAUGCCUAUCAGAGAACAGACCAAAAGGCCUAUUUUAUAGAUGAAUCAAAGGAGGGUCCCCAAAUCUCAGAAACAGAAAAAGAAACCUAUGCAAGGCAAAAGGUAAGAGGGCUGAGCCCUUAUCCUUUAUUCUAGUUUAAAAAUGCUGAACAACACACACCUACCACAGGGGGCCUCCCACCCCAUUCACCCACAAGGAACAGAAAAAUGAGAAGUCCAAGGAACAAAUAACCCAGCGAAACCUGGUCCCCCUGGUGCCCUCUGUCUCCUGAAUUGACUAGUUGAUCUUGGUAAUUCAAUCUGAAACCACCAGCACCACAGAUUGACUCCUCAAGUUUCCUCCUCUCUGUUUCUGGUCGCCCCAGUUAAUACAAAUAAUCCCAGGUGUCCAGCUUCCUGUCAUGGCCCCAGCGUGUUCCUUGCUCAUGCUCUGCCCUGUCAGAGGCGGAGCCCCACACGCAGGCUGUACAAUCAUCUUGGAAAAGGGAAGAGUGAGGAUUUAUUGGGCAUCCUACUCCCAAUAGUCACUCUCCUGUUCUGGGCCUGAGGAUUUGUCUAGAGCUGGUACUAACAACAGCCCACUGGAGCCUUAGAGAAAUCGAAAAGGACCCAGACUGUGUGACCUCGGGCUAGCCCUUGUCCCUCUCUGGGCCUUUGAACUCUGAGCAGUAAAACCAUAGAAGGAGGUGAUGGCUCUGUGGUGGCUCUACCUGGAAAGAGCAUCUUACUGGAAAGGAAGGCCGGCAAGCCCCUCUUCAGCCAUUUGGUGCUCUUGUCAUCACUACAAACUAGCAAUAGGCUGAUUUGGCAGGUCAGGUAACCUCUGACUACCAGCACCUGAAUCUGUGAAGCGGAGGUAAUAUCACCGCACAGGGUUUCUGGAUCGAUUAUAUGAGAUAAUACCUGGCUGUGUCCCAUGCCUGGAAUUAUUGUUUCUCAGUCUUUCGUUCCUCAGUUUGGGUAAAGUGGGACUAAUAACCCAGUCUCCUUUCUGGAAGUGGUGGUGGUCUCAGGAGGUGUUGGCUGGAGAGGGCUGACCAGGUGGGUGUCAGGGUGGAGCACCUUCUGGCAGACUUACUCGGUGGUCUGGGCCUGGCUCCCUCCCACCCCCCCAAGUUAAGUGGAGAACCUGGCAGGGGCAGGACUGAAAUGGCAUGGGGGUUCGUGGGGGGUGGGUAAGUGUAGUCACCGCGGACGCAGACAGGCGGCAGGCAGCUGUGCAGGUCCUAGGCCGUGACAAUCGGAGGAAGGAAUUCAGGAAGUGCUCACAGCCACUCCGACAUCUUGGAGCCCAGUCCCAGGCAGCAGCAAGGCUGCAGCACCCAGGGAAGGGCAUGCCGUGACUUGGCUCCUGGGACGGCCACCAGGCCAGGAGGCCACCGCACCACAAACAGCCAGAGCUGUCACCCAGGGGCAGCCCAGGGCGUCACCAGAGGGCCGGCUUGGCAAGGUUCCCUGUGAGCAAAGUCCUCUGCCCCCUCCUUCCAGCUCUUCAGAGUCCAGGGAGUCUUGGGCUCACAUCUUUCAGAACAGCAUUUCUUCCAGAGGCUGCCAGUGGAGUUGUCCAUAGCUCUUGGAAGCCUGGCCAGGCUUAAGAAACGGUGACAGAGACCAACUGAAGUCAGAGUAGGGCCAUGUGAAGCGCCCAACGGCCUCGAGGGAGCACGACUCAGGACCUUGGACCACUAUCUUCCUAGAAGACUGCAGGGGGAGCAGCUGGCAGAGCAGGGUACCCGUCACCACCAAGAGCCCCCUGUUUCAGAUGGGGCACUAAGGCUCUAAGACUGCUGAGCAGGCUGCUGAGUGGGUCCACUGCCACGCGGGGCCAUGGAAACGGCAGUGAUUGGCAUGGUGGCAGUGCUGUUUGUGGUCACCCUGGCCAUCACCUGCAUCCUCUGCUGCUUCAGCUGUGACUCAAGGACCCAGAAUCCUCAGGGGGGCCCGGGCCACAGCUUCACAGUGGCCACGUUUCGCCAGGAGGCUUUUCUCUUCACAGGGCCAGCUCGUCACACCCAGCCAGUGGCCAGUGCCCGGGACUUCUGGACCUUCAUGUGAGGCCUAAGGGCCCUCAGGAUUUUUUUUGCUGUUGGGUCAGACUCAUCCAUCCCCCAGCAAGACGGCCCCACUGCUCCGAGUCUGGCAUCCCUGCCUAUAUCCAGCAAACUCCCUCUUCCUUCCCAUCCCUGGUUGCUGUGCCCUUGGGCCUGCGAGAGCCACAGUGUUGGGACCAGGUGGGAGUCAGCCGUGACCUCUGAGAGCUCAGCUGGACCCCACCCACAAGAAGGGGCUUGGGAGAGGUUCGAAGAGUGAAUGAGUGAACAGUGUUGGAUUGGAUGGUGGGCGAGCCCUUCUGAUCUCCAGGGGAAGUGGAGUUUAUUGCAAACAGGGUCGGGGUAACUCAGGUUCCCCCGGAUGCCUACGAAACUGCUUUUAUUGCCACCAGAAGAAGCAGUGCCCUCAAGUGGACAUUUUUACAAAUCACUUCUUCUCUGCUCCCCUCAGUGAGUCUUUUUGCUGCUUGGUAUGUGUGCAUCCAACAGAGGCCUCCCCUGCCACUUGCCUGAAAUCAGCCCUGAAAUUCUGAAACUGAAGUUCUGCUUCAAUGAUUUAUUUUAUAAUUGAAAAUGUAUAUCCUUUUAUGGGUCUCCCAAGAAGCAGGGCUGGAAAACCACAAAAGGAAACAGAAGAGAAAAUAAGAGUCACAGAAAGGAUGAGAUAUUUUAUUAACAGGAAAGCCAGAAAGAAGACUUUGAAACAUAUUUUGAAUGAGACUUUAUUACUCUAUUCUUUUAGGUCACUUCUCCUCUUAGAGAAUGUGAGUGACUUGUGUCACUCAGGAAUGACAGAAAAUCAUGAACUUAAAGACAAUUCCAGAUAAGCUAAAUGUUACGUUACAUUAAGAGCAUGUAGCAAAGCUCUUGUUUCCGUCACAAAUAAAGAGAGGCGAAGUUUUUAUUAAAAGAAAAUCUGUUUUCUCUGUACCCACGAAAUAAAUAUGCUGUAUUUAGA